AUGGCCGAGACAAAAAAGUCCUUUUGGAAGAGCGCCGGAGAUACUAUCCUCAAUUUCAUCUCCCCAAGCAAGACCCAGCAUCGUCGUGACAAGCCGUAUAAAGCCCGUCAUCCGAAUCGCAAGCGCCUUCGUCAUCAUCAUGACAAGAACAAAGUCGCGACUCGACAGUCUUCUGAACCACUGAUGUUCUCAAAGACAACUGGAAGCCCUCGCUCUAUUUCAAACAGCCCCGAUUUGUACACCCAGCAGGACGAAGAGGAUGCUCUCGAGAAGACCAAUCUUGUCACCGAAACCCCGGAGGAGGACACCUCAAAUGAGGAGGACGACGACACUUCUACUCUGAACACACCUAAGCCAACCAUCAAGAAAUCGAUUGGGCACUUCACCUCACCCGAGUACAAGCGCACGAUCAGGAGAGACACGACAAUUGUGCUCCCUGAAGAGGAAUGGGACGAGCGACACGCCAAGGACUUCAAGCUGGAUCUCGCGCGCACGCGGCGCCACAACGACGCGCAGCGCCUGCGCGAAGCGGGCUGGGGAGAAGACCCAAUUGCGCUGUGGGUCAAGCUCGCAAUGCGCGGCUAUGAGCCUCUGCUACCGCACAACUGGAUGCUAGACUUCGAGACGCUGUCGCCGAUGUUGUUUGCGCCCAGGCACUCGCGUGCCUACAUUCGCGCGGUGCACGGCAACGACUUUCGCGCAAUCAAAGCGCUCCAAUCGCUCAUCUUCAUCGGCGCCCGUGCGCGCGACGCCAUCCAUCCGAAGGUGUUGUCCCCGCCCUCGCGCUCGCCGGAAGAGCUCAUCCGCCGCGAAAUCGAGCGGUACAGCCGGUGGGCAUUCGCAGACGGCGGCGUCAGCAGCGACAGCAUCAUCCCCGUCUUAGCCAUGAUAUCUGGCGCGGAGAGCGUGUCUCCGGACAUACUCGAGACCAGAAUCAAGGCGCACCUGGCGAGCCUGUGCGCGGAGUGGCGCGCCGCGUUGCACGUAGUGAACGGAGAAGACGGCCAUGACACGUCGGAACAGCUAUUCACUGCCCCGCCCCCAGAGGUCUAUGGCGUCGUUGUUUGGGGCACGAAGGCCGGGUUCAUUAUAUAUGCGGAUGGCGGCAAAGAGCCGCGUACGGAAGUUAUUGCGACGUUCGACUUUGGCGUGGCGGAGUAUGACGUCUGGACCAGCUUGGCGAUUGCCAUUCUCGUGGUUCAUUGCCGCAAGGUCUUGCUGAAGAUGAAGGGCGUGAUGGGCGUGGUGGAGAGCGUGGAGAAGACGGGCGAGGACGAUCCUGAUGCCUAG